AUGAUGGUCCGCCUCCAACGCAAAUCCUCCCAAAAGAGCUCCCACUCCGAUGCAUCCACCACUCAAAGCAGCCCCGUCGCCAGCGCGAGUAAUCUCCCGCCCGGCUUCAUAGCACCCACAAAACCACCCUACCUCUGGCGCGUAACGGACAGCACCUCCCUCACCCGCAUCGACCCUUCCACUGGCUCCUUCGACACCGGCGUGUGCCUCUGGGGCCACUGGUCCUACUGGACCUCCAUCAUCAACCCUCGCAACCUCAACGCUCAAAUCGACUGGUCCCACAAAUUCACACCUUCCGGCCACGGCGAUCCUCCCUUGUUCAUCUCCGCUACCGACGAUUCGCAGUGGGCGUACGAAGAAUUCGAUCGCAGGAUGCAGAGGAGACGGAGGCAUGUGCGGAUCAACGUGAUAGAUACGGCGGCUCUUGAGUGGGAGCUUGCAUUUCUUGAAAAUGGGUCCAGGUUGCCAGUUCUGAGAGAUAAAGAGACUGGGUGCACGUUCUUCUCGUCAGAGGGCGCGAGCGGUGCAUUGGGUUGGGUGAAUCCAUAUCGGAGUCGCAGUGAGUGGUUUGCUAUCAAGUGUAUCCCAGCAAAAGUUAUACUGCCAGAAGCAUGGGGAGACGAUUAG